AUGAGCAACACCGGCAGCAGUAAGCACAAGAAACAACACCGUGGUAACUUUUCAUUUUCGGAAGAGGAUAUGACCUCAGCUAAUGCCGUGCAGAAACUAUUUGAAAUGUUGAAUAGCCAAGUAAUGACGGAAAACGCUAGCUCCACAAUGCCUUCACCUUAUUUGCCUGGGUUAGGAUUUGGGCGUAGUCCAAUGGUUAGACAAUUGCGAGUGACGGAUUCUCCGUUUCCGUUAAGAGAUAAUGUUUUCGAUGAAAUUGAGUGUCACGUAGAUGAAGAUGCUGAAGAGUUUAUUGAAAGAUUUUAUGCUCAACUGAGGUCGCAGAAAAAUAAGACUGCCUUGGAAGAAUCAUAUGCAUACAGCAUGUAUGUUUCAUGUAACUGA